AUGGCAGGAAGAGUUUUGUCGGCUGCCAAGACUCCAGGACACGAGCUGGGGCAUGAGGAAUCACCACCGCGAUCGCAAUCGUUGCGGCUUUCGCAGAAGCAUGUCGAGGUUGUCGAUUGGGGCUACGCUGAUGAAGACAGUGAUGCUGCGGCUGAAGGGGGUGAUGGCGACGAGAAUCAUGGGGCCGAAGCUCAGGACUCCAACGUCGGCAGGGAUGGAGACAAUGAUGACGACGAAGGCAAGGAUGAUGAAGACGAGGGUGAAGAUGAUCUGGUGGGAAAGAACGACGAGAACCUGAAGCGAGUUCUGAGGAACGAGGCCGCUGAAUGGGUUCACAAUGACUCCGAAUCCGACCCCGAACUCCCCUCCCUCGACUUGCAAGAUCCUUCAACCUCCCCGUCUUCAUUUCGCAACUCUCAACAUGCCGCAGCUCGCACGCAGUCUGCCACAACCAAGAAGCUUGGUCGGAGCAAGAAUACACAUGCACCGCAGCGCAAGCCAGAUUCUGUCGGGUCCCAGACCCCCGGUCGGAAGGGGCUGAAACGUACGUCGCAGGUGGAUGAGUCGGAAUUGGAGGACAAUCGUCAUGAGGCCCGGCCGAAGCCACAACGCAAGAAGGUGAAAGUGUCCAAUCCUGGCUCCAAGUCUCAAUCGUCCGAUCCCGUGGACCCCAGCGCGUCGCAACACAAGUCGGCCGGUUAUGGCGCGGCGCCACGCAAGCCCGCGUUUUCGAAGGGUUCACAGUCGACCGCGGCAACCACAGCAAAGGCCAGAAAUGCGAGCGGCGGGGCCUCGAAGCGACCCCGGAGCCGAGUCGAUGAGCAGCCGAAAUUCAUCGGCAUAUCGGACGACAAUGCCUCAGACCAAGAGCACACGCACAAGAAGGCCAGAUAUGAAGAGUAUUCUUCUGUAGAAGAGGAUAUCGACAAUCGGGAUAGUAUUGAACUUGUACGCAGCUCCAGCGGUCAUUACAAUCUCCUGCAGCAGCCGUUGCACGUGAAACGUGUUGCCGAGGCGGCGAUUACCCAGGUAGAGUACUACCUUGUGCUGAAGAAUGUGUUCCCAGAUGGCCCCGAGAAGUACAAUGUUGCCAUUCGUCAUAUUCUUGUCAAGUGCGCAGAAACCCUCAAGGACCAAGACCUCGCAACGAAGAUCAAGACCAAUGCAAGCUACGCUCGGAAGAUCUCUGGGAUUCCGGCACAGCGUAUCCCAAUUUUCCGUGGCAGAGUCAAAGCCAAUGUCACCGCACUCUCUGGCGGUUUCUUCAAUCUAGAUGACGACGACGAGAAGAAGAUCGACUGGCUCCUUGCAAAAGAUCGUUUCGUUUUCCGUGUUGAUUACCCUAACAACAUCGUGUACGGCGGGGAAGCGUUCACUGAUCCAAUCUUCGCGAAAAUCCUCCUUGAAGAUGCGCUGUGCUCGUCUAUUGCCAGCAAGCCCGAUGAGAAGGAGAUACCUGCGCCAAUGCUUGCGCUCGUUGCCACAGCGAUUCAUGCCGGACUCGUGGACCUGAAGAUGGGCAAGGAGCAGGAUUUCCGGGGAAACACACUUUCGAAUAAGUAUGACGAUAUGAUGGACAUUCUCAAGGAUAUACGUGAAGAGAGCGCCACGAAGUACCAUGGCCUCAUGCACGGCCUCUAUCGGACAGUGACAAGCUCUGGUACUCUUGCAGGACGAUCUGUUGUCCGCUCAAAGAACAGUUUUCUUGAUGUCUCCGCUAUGCCGGAGGAUGACUGA